AUGACCGUCAUUCAUCUCGCGCGAUCUGCUCACCAGUAUCGCGCAGCGGGGCUCAAGGACGAUCCGCAUCGUGCAUGGAUUAUCGAAAAUCUUUACCCCGACUAUGUCGACGCAAUCAAGUCAGGCCGUAUAGACGGGAAGCGUGAUCAGUAUGCGAAGACGACGCUUCUCCACCGCUUCGACGCGGAGUUUGACUUUACUGGGAAGAACUAUAACAUGGGAGACUUUGCCAACACUCUUGCUACCAUUUUGAGCAACCAAUACGCCAACACCGACCGUAACCGUCCCGCUGCCGUGCCGAAAGUGCCCAAAGGACUUUCUGCUCCCCGUGCCACCAACGCCAAAGCAAUAUUCGAGAAGCGUAACAAGGUGGCCAUUACGGAGGCAGCAAACUCUGCUCGCUUGGCAGCAGCAGCGCAAGGCGGGAGCACGAAAAAUGGUGUUUAUUACCAAUCCGAGCUUAAUCGACUCUUCGCGGAGGCCACUUCUAACGAGGAACUUAAGGCUGAAUUAGAGGCUGCCGCAGAAACAGAGAACGAGCUGCUUCGUAAUGGGCCGACAGCGGACACCAUUGCAGAUAACCAAGAACACGCACCCGAAAUUCUUUCUGACACGCUCAAGCAUCUGCUGACGACAAAGCACUUUCAAGGUCUUGGUGACAUGGUUCUGUUCAUUCGUGGUGGAUACCUUAAAACGGGCACAGUCCACUCAUUCUGCUUCACUAUUGGACCCAGCGCAACAGUAGAGCCGUUUGCCCCAUCGGAAGAAGACACUAAUGUGGCCGAGUUCAAUGGCCUGGUCCGUCGCACAUUUAAUGCCGACUCACCUCUUCAACUCCAGGUCGACGCAAAUAACAAAAUCAUGCUACCGGAUGUUAAGGUCAACAAGACGGAUGUUGUAGACCUUCGUCGGCUGUUGAAGGAGUACGCGCAGCGCGGCAAGGGCGGUGAUGAUUUGCAACGAACAUUCACAAUUGAAGAUGGCGACAAGUCGGUCAAUAUUGACGAUGCCAAAGCUCAAGUAAUCCGACGGAAGUACAAGCAGAUUUUAAAAGAGCAACGUUCCAGAGCUGGUACUAGCACCAAGGGUUCCGCAGAUACUGCUUUGUUGCCUCCUGCGACGCCGCCUCCCGUUACGCCGCCUCCCGUUACUCCGCCUCCCGUUACUCCGCCUCUCGUGGCACCGCCUCUCGUGGCACCGCCUCCUUCGACCCCGCCUCCCGUUACGCCGCCUCCCGUUACGCCGCCUCCCGUUACUCCGCCUCUCGUGGCACCUCCUCCUUCGACCCCGCCUCCCUCGACUCCACCCCCUGUGACCCCGCCCACAACUCCACAGUCGACUACUCCACCACCGAAUACCGUGACCCCUGUGCCGCCUCUGCCAGUGAUUACUUCGCCACCAGUGACACCACUCCAAGGAACUCCAGCACAUCUUGGGCAGCUAUUCGGAAGCUCACCUCUAACCCCACCGCCAGCCACACCAGUCCAUCGUGGCCGUGGUCACGGUCGUGGUGGUCGUCGCCUAACUCGUGUGGCACCUACUACGCCAACAGUGCAUAUGACUCGCGCCCGAAAGCGCACACAAGAAGAGGUGGGUAUUGAUGACGACAGCCGUCCGCCAAAGAAGAGAUGA